AUGGUGGGCGAAAUUGAAAAGAAGUUGCCAUCAUCGGUUUUUGGAAGAUGGGUUAGAUAUAUGCAUGAGGACGGGAAUAAAGUUGAUAAGUCGGACAGAUUCCCAGAGCUGUUGAAGUUCCUGAUUAGGGAGAGGAGAAGCGUAGAAUAUACGAUGGAAGGAAUAAGAACCAGCCAGACAACAAAAUCAGCUAUGGUGCACUCGCUAGAUGUUACAACCAAAUCAGGUUGCAUCAUACACCGGGAUGGUCAGCAUAAAACAGGGAGCUGCCGAACAUUCAUAAGUAAAUCUGUUGCAGAAAAGAUGAACAUCUUAAAGGAGAGCAGGGCCUGUUUCUCCUGUUUGACAGUUGGUCACACAAUUGCCAAGUGUCGUAGAAAAAAGCAGUGUGGAGUACAGGGUUGUACAAGGCUCCAUCAUAACUUAUUGCAUCGACAGGAACAUGAAAAGGUGGAAACUGACUUAACAACAACAUGCAGACAAAGGCAGACCCUUUUUUGCUGCAGCUGA